AUGCCUUUCAACACAGCUCUAACAAGGAAGCUGGGGAUUACGGUCCCUGUCGUGCAGGGUGGGAUGCAAUGGGUUGGAUAUGCGGAACUCGCUUCUGCAGUUAGCAACGCUGGCGGUCUCGGAAUUCUCACAGCUCUCACCCAGCCUACUCCCGAGGAUCUCCGUAAAGAAAUCAGAAAAUGCCGCUCCAUGACCAAGAAGCCCUUCGGAGUAAACAUAACCUUUUUGCCAGCGCUCGUCCCUCCGGACUAUGCUGCAUAUGCCCAAGUGGUUAUUGACGAAGGCGUCAAAAUUGUCGAGACAGCCGGAAAUAACCCGGGUCCGGUGAUUGCACAGCUCAAAAAAGCAGGAACUACCAUCUUGCACAAAUGCACCAUGAUCAGACAUGCCAAGUCUGCGAUCAAAUUAGGUGUCGACUUCUUAUCGAUUGACGGUUUUGAGUGUGCAGGUCACGUCGGAGAGAGUGAUGUCACGAAUUUCAUCCUCCUGAGUCGAGCCAGACAAGAACUGAAAGUACCCUUCAUCGCGUCAGGAGGCUUUGCCGAUGGCCAGGGUCUGGCUGCCGCUCUAGCUCUCGGCGCGGAGGGUAUAAACAUGGGAACGCGCUUCAUGUGCACCGUCGAGGCACCUAUUCAUAUCAAGGUCAAGGAGGAGAUCGUCAAAGCCCAGGAGACCGAUACCGCCCUUGUUCUGAGAAGAUGGAAGAACACUACCAGGCUGUAUGGCAACAAGGUUGUCAAGGAAGCUUUGAAGGUGGAGAAAGAGAGCAAGACGGGCGAUUUCAGCGAGGUAGCGCCAUUUGUCAGUGGCCAGAGGGGCAGGCAAGUGUUUCUCAAUGGAGACGUCGAUUUUGGCGUAUGGACGGCUGGCCAGGUGAUCGGACUCAUCCACGAUAUCCCGACCUGCAAUGAACUACUUACUCGGAUUCAGAAAGAGGCUGUCGAAACCAUUGAGAAAACGAGAUCGCUUUACACCAAUGAGAGCCCUCAGAGCAAGCUCUGA